CUACUCCGCUUGUCCCCCCCUCUGCCCCUGCGCUGUAGUGCCGCGCGCCGCCGUAGUGACGUAGCCAGGGUGGUGAGUAGAACAGCUGACUGACACACUGCCGCUAUACCACCGCCGCGCCGCUCUGCUUAAGCAUCAAAGAAUAUACACCUGAUUUUAUAUCACAAUGGAUUCUUCAGAUGAUGAACCCUACUCUCCUUCCGAUUCAGUCGUGUCUGUUCAUUCACAGUCGCCGAGCCCACAGGAAAUGAGCCAAUCACAGGAAGUGGAGAUUGGCGGUCAACUGCGAUGUAAACUUCAGAUGAUCUCAACUCAUGAGGUAAAGCAAUACUAUGAUGAGACCGGGACUGUCAGUGUCGCUCACUACUUUAGCUUCUGCAAUCAUGAUAACUACCCUGACGAAGUGGUGGAGGCGAUGGCACGGGAAAUUUGGAACGAGGCAGGCUUUGCUGAGUCAACCGGAUUGGAUUGGCCUGACAGAGUCGAGUUUGUUUACAUUCCAAGAGCUGCAGGUGAACUAGCUACUAGAUCAUCUCACAGGGACACCUGCGACAUCUGUAAUGCUUCAGGACUUCAGUUAGUCUCAAGGUACUCUUCGAGUAUUGAUAACCCACCGUCUAAUUUGACUCAGAACAAUCCACAAAUCGUCCAUCAGGUUACAGUAAAUGAGGCUCUAGAGGAUGUAAUUGCCAUUCGAGUAAACAGUACUCCGUUCGAAGCUACUGAAAUUGAACAAGGAACAAGUAGGAUACGAACUACGAUGGACGAGAAUUUUCAAAAUAAUAGUGCUCUAGAUAGUACUCAUGUCAGUUCUUCGACUGAAGCUAACGAAAUACCUCACAAUUCUCAGCAUUACCAACAAGAAACAGUUGGCAUCCUAGCUACCUUAAGCGAUGAUGUGCAUGAUGAUAGAGCUCGUGAAGAAAACAUUUAUCCAGAUAGUAGGAUACGAACUACGAUGAAUGAGAAUUUUCAAAAUAACAGUGCUCUAGAUAGUACUCAUGUCAGUUCUUCGACUGAAGCUAAUGAAAUACCUCACAACUCUCAGCAUUACCAACAAGAAACAGUUAGCAUCUUAGCUACCUUAAGCGAUGAUAUGCAUGAUGAUAGAGCUCUCGAAGAAAACAUUUAUCCAGAUGGUACUUUUAUUGAACCACUUAUUGCGGUACCGGUGAUCGUAGAGUUGCAUGAGGACUAUGCAAUAGAUGAGAAUACUACUUAUGAUAGCCCUAUGAUUGAACAAGGAACCGUUAGUGUCCAAGCUCCGAUGAUUGAGGAUGUGCAGAAUUAUAUUGUUGAAGAAAUUUCUCUUGGCAGCCCUCAGUUAGUGGUUUUAGAAUUGCCUGAUAGCAACAACAACUACCAACAGUACCAACAAGGAACAAGGAACCAAUCAGCUGUUGUAUUGGCAGAAGGAGAUAUAGUGCCUCCUUCUCAACCAUAUGUCAGAGUAUUUUACGACCUUGGAAACACUCGUGGACCGAUGGGCAUGGAAGCAUUAUCUUCAGAUUCUGACGUGAACUACGACCCCGAUGCACUAACUGACUCCCGAGCUACAGAAAUCGAUGGUUUACAGGAAGAAAAUGCUACUGAAGGUAAUGCUACGUAUGACAGGUCUCCAACUGAACCUUCUGAAACAACUAACACUACCAACGGUUCGCAAAGCUACCAACCAUGCAUAUUUGGCAUUCGAGCUCCCAUGAGUGAGCGCUUGGAAGAUGACAAUGCUCUCGACAAAAACAUUAAUCAUGACAGAGAUGCAAUUGAACCAAUUGAAAAACCUAACAUUACCAAAGAUUCGCAACUCUACCAACAAAGAAUUGUUGACGUCCAAACCCCCGUGAAUAAGGGCUUGGACGAUGACAGUGCUAUCGAUGAAAAAAUUAAUCAUGAUAGCGCUGCAAUCAUUUCUUUUGAGGCGCCAAACAGUAGCAUAUCAGCGACUAUGUCCCAUCACCAUCAGUCAGAUACAAUCUUGAUUCCCCGAGUAUCUGACGGAACCGUACGUCACUUCAGUGAUGAUGCUAUAGUGAAUGAGACCUUGCAUGAUGGUAGUGCUAUUGAAGAAAUGAUUAUCGAUGAUGGUUCUCCAACUAAUAUUACUGAGUUGCCAGACAUAAAUAACGUUCUCUGUCCUACUUAUGAAGACGGUAACAAAUCCUCCUUAAAAAGGGGAUUGGAAAUAGUAUCUGAACCAGUGGAGAAAUGUUUCAAAACAAGAAAAUUAGAGUAAGAAAACUCUUAAAUCCAGAAGGCUGCAUGGAAGUACUAGAAUAUAUGUCUGAACACAUUCCCUCUACGAUUAGUUUGGGAUUUUUUUGUACCUUAGAAGAGCUCAAUAUGAUGAUAACUAUGCAAAUUAUAAUCAGAACUCUGCACAUGUCAAUAUUACUUUCCGUGAUCUUAAAAAAAGUUUACUAUGGUAAUAUAUACCCGACUUGUAUACGGCUUAAUUUACAAAUAUAUUAUUAAACACAAUUAUUGUUAAUAAAUAAUAUUUUUAUAUUACUGAAUGAUAAAAUAAUGUGUUAUUUAUUGUUAAUG